AUGGCGGAGGAGGGUUUGCACCCAGAACAGGUGAAGGUCCUGAUGAAGGCUACAGUUCUCAUGCGGCACCCCCAGCAGGUUCAGGAGAUCAUUAAAUCCCUCAAGAAGGGAGGUGGCAACAGACUACAGGUCAUUUCUGACUUUGACAUGACCCUGACUAGGUUUGGAUUCAAUGGAAAGCGGUGUCCUACAUCUUACAAUAUCCUAGAUAACAGCAAGAUCGUCAGUGAGGACUGUCAGAAAAAGCUAAAGGAUCUCCUUCACUACUAUUACCCAAUUGAGAUUGAUCCAAACAGGACAAUCAAAGAGAAGUAUCCCCUUAUGGUAGAAUGGUGGACUAAAGCCCAUGAUCUUCUGUGUCAGCAGAAGAUUCAGAAGUACCAGAUAGCUCAGAUUGUUAGAGAUUCGGAUGCAAUGCUCAGGGAUGGGUUUGAAACAUUUUUCAACACCCUGUACCAAAGCAAUGUUCCCCUUCUCAUCUUUUCUGCUGGUAUUGGAGACAUUCUGGAAGAGAUGAUCAGACAGAUGAAUGUUUUCCACCCCAACAUCCAUGUCGUGUCCAAUUACAUGGACUUCAAUGAAAGUGGCUACCUGCAGGGUUUCAAGGGUCAUCUCAUCCAUACGUAUAACAAGAAUAGUUCAGUCCUGGAGGACUCGAAGUACUUUGAACAGCUCCAGGCUAAGACCAACAUUCUCCUGCUGGGUGACUCCAUGGGGGACCUGACUAUGGCUGAUGGAGUGUCCAAAGUGGGAAACAUUCUGAAGAUUGGCUUCCUGAAUGACAAGGUAGAGGAACGGCGAGAGCGAUACAUGGAUGCCUAUGACAUCGUGUUGGAGAAGGAUGAGACCCUGGAUGUGGUCAAUGGGAUCCUAACCCAUAUCUUGUGUGAAGAAGACCAAGCGGGAAGGCAGGAGCCCUGAAUGCCACGGGAGACACGUGUUCUCCCUGCUCCAGCCGACUUCUCGAAAACUUCUUAUCCCUCUGUGUAUAACAAAAACUCUUGGCUUCCAAGAGUUACUCAUCACCAGGGCCUUCCCUUCUCCUCUCCCAUGGCCUGUUGCUGUUUUUACCAAAAGUUUUUGGUAACUGACCCUGUCUAGGGCUGCCCUGACUUGUUAAAAAGAAAGCUGUAGCCAGGAUGUCUGCCUGGCUGAAAAAGCUGCCCAUCAGCUCAGAUAGUUUAGGAGAGAAGUGGAGGCAAGCUGAAUUAGACAUCACUCCCUUCCUGUCUGCCUUCUUUCCUCAUCCACCUACUGUCCCCCGUCUGUGACAGAAACACCCACACCGCGUGAAGACCCCCACUAAGCAAGUGGCUGAGGGCUUGCAUCCUCACUGGCAAUUCACUGGGAGUGUGGGUAUUAGAAGCGCUGACUGGUGUCUGGAGACCUGAGUUUGAGUCCCUGCUCUGCCACCAGUUAGCUCUGUGACUAGACAAGUCACUUAACCUUCCUAGGUCUCAUUGUCCUUUUUAAAGUGAAAGGUUUGGAACAAAUGCUUCUUCAUGGUUCUAAAAUUCCAUGAUUCUCUUACAUUCUAAAACUGAAUGUUGGGCUCCAAAUUGGCUGAAAUCUGAGAGGGUUAUGCAGCUGGAUCUGGAGCCUACUUGGGUGAUCACAGAAUGAGAAUUUUCUGCUUUGUGGAUUUCCUUUAGUAAGCCUGGAACCUGCUUUCCCUCCCCUUUCCCUUUACAUAGUCUUAACCACUAACAGGACCAAGCCUUGUGGCAGAAAGACAGAGGGAGUUGUUAGGUGAUGAACUAGGAAGCAGUGGAUGUGACUGGAUUUUAAAGUCAAAUAAAUGAUUUUUGGAUUCUG